UUCUUUCCUUCUUAGUUUCCCUGCUUCUUUCACUACCUGUUUAUUUAAAUCUCCUCUCUCUCCCACUCUCUCUCCUGUGUUGAAUUCUUUGGGUUUCUCCCUCUAGAAAAAAUGGGAAGUUUUUAUAUUAAACAAAGAUGGGGGCUUUGUAUUCUUGUGGCAGUGUGAAUUCUAUCAAGAGCAAAGCAAAAGUCUUCUCCUUCACACCUUUCAAUCUCAAAAGCAUGAAUUCAGAAUCUAGGGUUUGACAGCACCAACUCCAACAAGGUCUGUUCUUUUGCUUCUCUUUUUCUCCACUCUCCCAACUCACAAUUUUACCAAAUUGCUAUGCUGUAAUGUCUUGAUUUCCAUCUGGGGUUUCCUCUAAUCUGUCAAAUUUCAUAAACCCAGUUGGUUUUUUGUUCUCCUGGUUGAAAUUUCAUUAGAAAGUUCUUAGCUUUGUUGGGUAAAAAAAUUGGGGUUUUGGUUACCUGGGUAGUUGUUUUUUCUGCUGAGGAUUGCUGAACAUCCUAUAAAUUGUGUUGGGUUGCUGAGUUUUUGGCACUUUUGGUGUGUUUUGUGUAAAUUGUUUACCUUUUCUGGAUUUAGGAUAGUGGUUGGUAGUUUUGGUAGAUAUGGAGGGAGUUGAAGAAGCUAACAAAACAGCUGUUGAGAGCUGCCAUAGAGUUCUUAGCCUCUUGUCUCAGCCACAGGAACAAGUUCAGUACAGGAAUCUAAUGGUGGAAACUGGAAAGGCUGUGUCUAGGUUUAAGAAAGUUGUUUCCAUUCUCAAUACUGGUUUAGGUCAUGCUAGAGUUAGAAAGCUUAAGAAGCUUCAAAUCCCUUUUCCUGAAAGAAUCCUUUUGGAUAAUCCUAUGUCGAUUGCGGACCAUCCAUCCAAAACUCCCCACUUUCUUCAAUCUAGCUUCCCUGAAAACCCAACUCAAGAUUUGAGUUUAGAUGUUAAAAGUGCGUUGUGUUUGGGGAGUCCAUCAUUGGAAUUGAGUGCUAAUGGAAAAACCCCAAUUCACCCUGCCCAACAAGUGCCGCCCGCUCAAUAUCACUUGCUUCAGCAACAACGGCAGCACCAGCAACAUCAACAACAACAGCAACUACAGCAGAGGAUGUUACUUCAGCAGCACCAGAUGAAGCAGCAAACGGAAAUGACGUAUCGUAGGAGCAAUAGUGGCAUAAAUCUGAAUUUUGAUAGCUCUAGCUGCACACCUACAAUGUCAUCUACGAGGUCCUUCAUUUCUUCCUUGAGCAUAGAUGGAAGUGUGGCUAACUUCGAUGGUAAUUCCUUUCAUUUGCUCGGGGCUCCUCUCUCUUCGGAUCAGAAUUCACAACAUAAGAGGAAGUGUUCUGCUAGGGGAGACGAUGGGAGUGUAAAAUGCGGUGGUAGCAGUGGUAGAUGUCACUGCUCAAAGAAGAGGAAGCAUAGGGUUAAAAGGUCAAUUAAGGUGCCUGCUAUCAGUAACAAGCUUGCAGAUAUCCCUCCUGAUGAUUAUUCAUGGCGGAAAUAUGGCCAGAAGCCAAUCAAGGGUUCCCCUCACCCUAGGGGAUACUAUAAAUGCAGUAGCAUGAGAGGUUGUCCAGCAAGGAAGCAUGUCGAGAGGUGCUUGGAAGAACCAUCCAUGCUUAUUGUUACCUACGAAGGUGAGCAUAACCACCCAAGGAUACCCUCGCAAUCCACAACAACAUGAAAUUCAUGGAGAGCCUCGGCGAGCUCAGCCCAACAGUCAUUUUAUCAAAUCCUUAUCUGUGUUCGGCUUGAGAUGCUCCUGUACAUAUAUUUGGAUGGUUCAAGCAUGACAUACAAAUCGGAGCGGCUAUUUCGGCUUUGGGGAGUUGGGCUCUUUCGAGCGUUUUUGCGUUUAGGCAAGCGGGCAUGAAGCCCCAGCGGGGUGGACUGCAACAAGUCUGUAAAAUUAGGUCAUUAUCCCAUAAGAACUGUUUUAUGUUUUAUGUUCUGUUUAGCAACCAGUGCUUCAAACAAUUUGGGGUUUUUGAAAUUAAUGAAAUGCCCUUCAUGUGGUACUUUUGUUUUUCA